CUGCAAAUCUCUCGGUACGUCAAGUACAUUACUUUUAUCAUUAAUUUAAUUAAAACUGCUGUGUCAGGUGCAAAGCUUGUAAUGUGUGCAAAACAAACUUGGAGGCUCUAGUUUAUUUGGAUUCAUACUUUCGUAACGGUGUAAUAGAGCGUGUUGACUAGCACGUAGCUAGUAAGAUUCUUCCAAGUCAGAAAUUGUGUCGUGUGGUGGAGGGACGUACGCUUUGUUACAUACAGAGCAGUAUAAACACAAAAUGUGGAGGUGAUGGAUGAUGUGGAAUUGGACACAGAGGCUUCUCCUAACUAUGAGAAAGAAGAGAUUGCUCGGCAGUUCAUGCUGCCGGAAAGAAAGUCUAAGAUAGCCACGUUGCUAAAACAAGAUGGUCAGGCUUAUUGUAUCUGCCGCUCAUCAGAUUCAUCGAGGUUCAUGAUAGGAUGUGACAACUGUGAAGAGUGGUAUCAUGGUGACUGUAUCCGCAUAACAGAGAGAGAAUCCAAAUAUAUCAAGCAGUUCUUCUGUGUGCGCUGUCGAGAAGAGGACCCAACUUUAGUGACAAAAUAUAAACCAAGGAAACGGGAGGGUGAGCGAACUGCACCUGGUUCAGAAGAGCGAAAAUCAAAGAAGAGAAAGGACAAAUUGGAAUCGUGUGAAAUUUUGGAGGACAACAAAGUAAAGGCAUCACAUCUGUCAUCCUCCUUGAAACGUUGUGGGAAGUGUCUGGGCUGUUAUCGCACAGAGGAUUGCGGGCAUUGUGAUGGCUGCCGUUCUGCUAACAGAGCACGUCACAAAUGUCGACAGCGUCAGUGUCUGAACAAUGUCCUGCAGGAUGUGGAUCAAUCCCGAAAGGUACGACAAUCGGCAUCAGCACACCGCAAACGAAAGGAUUCAAGCUCAGAUGGUGGGGAACGCUGGGGAAGCAGUGGAUCUCGCUGGCUCCAGUCUGAUAAACCACGUCAGUGUUAUGGGCCAGCUUGCAUUCGAGCAGCUCGUCCAGGCAGUAAAUAUUGUAGUGAUGAUUGUGGUUUAAAACUGGCCACCAACAGAAUUUACCAGGUGUUACCCCAAAGAAUCCAGGAGUGGGCUCUGUCCCCAUGUGCAGCCGAAGAAAGCAACAAACGUGCACUAGAGAGUGUACGCAAACACCAGCUGGAGGUACGGAGGAUCCUACAGGAAUUAGACAAGAGACACAAGGAACUAGACGCAAUUAUUGAGCGUGCCAAAAUGGCAACAAUAGAAUUGCGCAGUGAAGAAGAUUCAGAAGAUGAAGGAGAGAUGAGCAUGUACUGCAUCACAUGUGGUCAUGAAAUCCACUCACGAAUGGCCAUUAAACACAUGGAAAAAUGCUUCAAUAAGUAUGAAAGUCAGUCAUCAUUUGGCUCAAUAUACAAGACGCGCAUUGAAGGAAACAACAUGUUCUGUGACUAUUAUAACCCAUCGAGCCGCACAUAUUGUAAGCGUCUUCGUGUUCUGUGCCCUGAGCAUAGUAAAGACCCCAAAGUGAAUGACACGGAGGUAUGUGGCUGUCCAUUGGUAACCAAUGUCUUUGAUCUCACUGGGGAAUUUUGUCGAGCACCCAAGAAAAGCUGCCUGAAACACUACUGCUGGGAGAAAUUACGAAGAGCUGAGAUUGACAUGGAGAGAGUACGGCAGUGGCUAAAGAUAGAUGAACUGAUUGAACAAGAGCGACAGAUACGCCACUUGAUGGCAAGCAGAGCUGGGGUAUUAGCUCUUAUGCUUCAUUCCACAUAUAAUCAUGACCUCAUGGAGCAGAUGACUUCAGCACAGGACCAGCAGCAGUUGGCAGCAAUGGAGGAAGAAAUGCAACGUAGAUAUGGACAGCAGCAAUAGCAGUGACAGCUGUGCUAAUAAAUUUCUCUCCUGUCUGUAAAUUACUGCUUGUUCAGUUUUCUGUAGUAAUUAGAGUGCAGAAUUUUUAUGAACUUGGGUAUAUGAAAGUGGUGUGAAAUUUUAAUGUCAUCAUCAUCAUCUUCAUUUCCAUGGUUUAGUCUGUUAUAGACUGUUCCGUCUCCAAGGAAUUUUCUGUUCUGUUAAUGUACUUCACCAUAAAUACAGACAACUUCUGGAAAUCAGAAUUUUGUUUUCAGGUUUUAAUUCUUAGUAGAGCAUUUUAAUUUUCAGUGUUUAAUUAUUGAACGUACAUGUCACAAAUAAUGUAUGUUCAUCUGUAUUACAUGUUGAAUACAUAAAAAGUAUAUUAUUUAAUAUCUGAUAAA